AUGGAGGUCGGCGCCCCCGUGUGGGUCUUCGACCGCGAACUGUGGCACGAGGCGGUCGUCGCCGCGCCCGCGGACGCCUCCUCGGGCCUCGUGGAGUGCGCGCUGGAGCCCGAGACCGACGACGAGCACCUGGUCACGCCCGAGGGCGACGACGUCGUGCCGGACGCGCAGGACUUCCAGACGCCGCGCAAGCGCCGCAACUCGCGCCGCAACUCGGUGCGCAGGAAUGUAUCCAUCUCGGCGGACCUGGUGCUGCCGCGCAGCCAGGGGGAGCACUACCACACCGUGCAGGACCUGACCAAGCUCGUGCAUCUCCAUGAGCCAGCGAUUCUGCAGGUGCUGAGACGCCGCUUCUUCCACGGAGAGAUUUACACGAGCACGGGCCAGAUCUUGGUGGCCAUGAACCCGUUCAGAAGACUCGGCAUGUACUCGGACGACACCAAGGACCAGUACUACAACCUGGGCGGCAACGCCGAGGCCGACAAGAGCACGCUGGCCCCGCACGUGUACUCCGUCGCGGACCAGGCCUUCCGGACCAUGCUGGUGCCGCGAUCGAGCGACAAGAAGACGGACCAGACCAUUCUGUCCGAGUGCUACGAACGCCUGGACGGCGUGGACGACGCCGAGUCGUAUCGAGUGACGCGACGAGCCAUGUCGAGUAUUGGCAUGAGCUCCGAUGAACAGCUCAAUGUGAUGAAGAUUGUUUCGGCCGUGCUGCAUUUGGGCAACAUCAGCUUUACGACUGCCACCCGCAACGGUGGAAAGGAUGAUGCCUCUGUCGUGGAUAUGGAUGAAUGUGGUGACAACAUUCGAGCUAUUUGUUCGCUCCUUGGCGUGGAGGUGGAUGUGCUACGCAGCACGUUGUGCACGAAGCAGAUUAAGGCUGGCGCCGAGUUCAUUACGACGAGGCUGCCCGUCGCUCAAGCGCUCUCGACGCGGGACUCGGUAGUCAAGACUCUCUACUCAAACCUAUUUAACUGGCUUGUGGACCGAAUCAACCGCAGUAUCGAGUACAAGGAAGAAGCCGGCGGCAGCCAGUUUAUUGGUGUGGUUGAUAUCUUCGGUUUCGAGAUUUUCGAGCAAAAUCGUCUAGAGCAGUUGUGCAUCAACUACGCCAACGAGAAGCUGCAGCAGUUGUUUGGUCGGUUCGUUUUCCGCAUGGAGCAGGACCAGUACGUGGCGGAGGAGAUCCCCUGGAAGUUUGUGGACUACCCGAAUAAUGAUGUGUGCGUGGCGCUUGUGGAAAAGCGACACAUGGGCAUCUUCUCGUUGCUGGAUGAACAGUGUCUAAUUCCCCGUGGUAACGAUGAAAAACUGGCUAACAAGUACUACGAGCUGCUUGCAGGGAAGCACGAGAGCUUCUCGGUGAGCAAGCUUCAGCGCGCGAAGGGUCAGUUCGUCAUUCACCACUAUGCCGGCGACGUGUGCUACAUGACCGACGGUUUUUGCGAUAAGAACAAGGAUCACAUGCACACUGAGGCGGUGGACUUGCUUCGCACGUCAAAGUUCUCCUUCGUUCGUGCUUGCUUCGAAAACAGUGUGAACGGUGGAGGUAAUAGCCCGAGAAGUGGUCGGACCGAGUCGCGCAGCAGCGAUUCUACUACUCGCCGCCGCUCUGGAGGGGGUAUCAUGUCUUCUACUGUUGUAGCGCAAUUCAAGAGUCAGCUGAGCUCGCUGCUGGAUGUGCUGAACGCGACGGAGCCUCACUUCAUUCGUUGCAUCAAGCCUAAUGACCAGGCAAGCUCGUCGCAGUUCGAUCGAAGGCGUCUCCUAGAGCAACUACGCUGUAGCGGUGUGCUGGAAGCUGUCAAGAUUUCUCGCAGUGGAUACCCUGUGCGUUUUCCUCACGACGUAUUUAUCAAAACGUACAGCUGCAUCCUGUCGCAGGUACCAAAUGCACAGGGGCAGGCAGAGAAAGAAGUGGCAGCACAAAUGGUGGAGAAGCUGGGGAUACUGCUCGACGUCAACACGGAUUCGAAACAUCCUCCUUUCCAGGUGGGUAAGACGAAGGUCUUUUGCGUCCUUGAAGCUCAUCAAGCUCUGGAAGCCAGUCGGUCCAAGGCUCUGUACAAGUCAGUGAUCACGUUGCAGCGCUAUUGCCUGGGUUACUCUGUCCGCACUCGUUAUCAGCGCAAGCGUCGAUCCAGCAUCCGAAUCCAAGCUAUUUGGCGCUCUUGGUCAUGCUGGAACCGGUAUCAGCGCAUCAUUCGUCGUGAACGCGCAGCUCUUACUUUACAAAGGACUACUCGCGGCUUCUUGGCAAGAAAACAGGUCAAGCGUGUUCGUGCAGCUACGAUUAUCCAGUCGUUCGUGCGUGGGUGGCUUGUUCGUCGCGAGUAUUCUGCCAAUACGCUGAGCUUCGAGCACGACGUAUCUUACGUGGGUUCAUUAGAUGAACGCAGCACCACUGCAAGCUCGAUUUCACUAUCUGAGUCAAUCUCGAUGAAGGACCGGAAGAACACAACAAUCUCGUUCCAGAGCUCAGUUACAAGCGACCAGAGCUCCAGUGAGUACAUGGGCGACGACGGAAGCAUCAGCAUCCGCAGCAGCUCUCGUAUUUCCCGAAAGAAGCUGAUCGAGGAGUACGAACCGCCCAAGCAGAUCCAGAACGAGUACGAAAUCGUGUGGGAAUGCGGUCUGCUUGGUCUGUACUUCGAGAGUGACCCUGUUUCUGGCAUGCCCAUUGUCCGUCGUGUGCAUGAAAGUUUGAGCAACUGUGCCGACAUUUUCGAAGUUUCUCGUGGAGACGUUCUUCUCGCUGUGGGCAAGGUGAAGGUGAAGAAGGGCGAUAUCCGCCGUAUUCUGACCUUGCUGCAAGAAGUGCAGAAACCUGUGCGUCUCCACUUCCUCCGCAAUCCGACAGAAUCCUUCCGUCUGCGGUCAGGAUCGCUUGAACUCCUGGGCGAAGAGGAUUACGAAGUGUUGUGGAAGGAGGGUGUACCGCUUGGUCUUGGAUUCCGCCCCGACCCAAGCACUGGAUACCCCUGCGUCCUCCAGUCGCAAGGCAACCAGCUAUUGCCUGGCAUGUUCAACGUCCGUGCUGGUGACCACCUGGUCUUCAUCAACGAGUUUUCAACGCAGGGUGUGCGCUUCCAGAAGGUGAUCGACAUCCUGGAGAGCGGCCCUCGGCCAGCAGUGCUGCGCUUCCGCCACACUGACCUCGUGGAAGAUCCGCACCAGCAGCUUGAUCAAACGAACCCACUGAGCAGCUCGACGCUGUCGAACCCUCAGGACGAUUCGAACUCGAUGGGGAUGUCACGCCUGACGCGGCCAUCUCGUGUGAGCAUGAACCCGAAGAACGACCACUCACUGUACUACAUCACGUGGAAAGAGGAGGACGGUCCGUUGGGCAUCGUCGUCAAGCAGGAGAGCACAAGCUACUACCCGCGCGUGAUCAACGUGAAGAGCGAGGGUGCUGUGACGCGCGAAUCGCAGAAGAACCGAGUGGAGAUUGGCGAUGUCCUGCUGAGUAUCAACAACAACAACAUCAGCAAGAUGGGCUUCGGCGCAGCGAUGAAGCUGUUGCAGAAGGGUCCCAAGCCGCUCCUUCUUAUGUUCCAGCGCCCGCGCACGUCCUUGUCUAUGACGGCGCGGACUCUGUAGUCCUCGUCUUUCGUCGUUGGUGUUAAAUAAUCAAGUUUUG